CAACAAGCGGAGGUGGAGUGUUGUCUAGUAAUGCUGCUGGCAUGUCUAGUACUACCCUUGCUGGCGGCAGCAGUAGCAGCAGCUCAUUUACCGCGGCAGGCGGGCAGAAAAGGCCGCGAGAUUCGAAUGCCUCACUAUUUUCGGCCCUCAAUGCGGAACCGGCAGCCCCCUUUUUCGCAGCAGCCCAUGCGAAAAAGCGGAAACAAGCAGAAAAAGCGGAAGCCAAGAAAAUAGCACGUUCCAAGACACCCGCGAAAAAACCGGCAUAUGCUUGUCCUGCGGCCGAAAAUGUCGCGGGGAGUGGCGAGGCCGACGAUGAUGCAAAGUUCGAUGAUGUCAUAGUAAUUGAAGACACCCAAGUUGACGAGCCCGAUGACCUGAUAGAGGAUGUGGAAGAGGAACAUGAAGAAUUGUCCAAAGGGAAAGGCAAGAGAGGAAAGUCUAGCUCUUAUCAAGCACUCGGAGCGAUGUCACCCUCAAUGCUGCCUGCAUCACCUCCCGACCUCCUCGCAGGUUGCGCUUAUUCUUCGCAGCAAUUCGAAGACUACAAUCCGUCAUGCGACGGUAGCCACCGUAACUCCGAGGACGCUGGAGAGAGCGAUGGCGGGAACUACACGCCCAUGGAUCUCUAUCAAGAAGCGCCGCUCAGUCAGGCUAGCAUGUUGCAUCGAUAUUCUUCGCUGGAGCGUCGCCGAGAGCAAGCACCUUCGGCCAUGGCGACUAGAAAAUCUUCAUCUGCAGAUACUGGUAAAGAUGUAGUGGGAGUGGGCGGGAUCGGUCUAAACGUAGACGCCGAGAAUACUCGGACGGAACUCGCUGAAGGCCGAAAUGGCACAGAACACACAGCGAGACUUACCGCUAAUACCGGAAUUGCCACACUCGGUGAACCUUCUGGAAUGAUAGGUGUGUCUAAGCAGCCGGAAACUCCUGCUGCUCCUCCUCCUGCUCCUGACGCAGAAAUUAGCAAUCCACUUGCUUGUGAUUUGAAAAGCUUGAACCUCGUGCGUGCCUUUCCUGGGCAGAAUGCAGGUGCGACGAAUACUAGUGACAACGCAGGAGCCUCGGAGGGUACUGGAACCAAACAGCUUCAAACCGAUGCUCCUGAGCCACAUGGUACAGCACACGGGCAGCCGCUUUUGGUCCCUCUUGGGCAACGACUUCAAGGAGCCGUCGCACGCCCAAACACCGCCACGACAUCACAGUUUUCAGGAGGUUUCAACUUUUUUAGAAACAAUCCAUCAACUAGCGACUCGGCCGAACCGCCGGCUAAUAUUAGAUCUUUUCUAUUUACGCCUCCAGCAUGUGGUAAUCCAGUAGGCGUGGGCACUGGAGCUCCAACGGUUUCAUCUUCAAGCAACACGAAAUGGGCGCAGCCUCAGUCUUGCUCGAACAUGCCACCACUCCGGGCACCUGCGAAUAAGUUCCCUUUAGCAAGCAACGGGGCUGUAGCAGGGGCGGGCCUUGGUAGCGUAAACAAUAGAUCGACAGCCUGCGUCCCGCCGGGACGAGUAGCAUCCGGCGUUAACACUAUAUCGAGUUCCCAGACCGCGGCAAUCACCGCUACCGCCGUAUCGAGUUCCUCAUCCAAUAUCCCCACUGGAGCAAUAAGCAGCGGUAGCACCGCAUCGAGCCUCUUACUCAAGGUUCCAAACGUCUCUUCCAAUACUAAUGUAGGUUUGCUUGUCAAUAAUCCUAUGGCAAAUUACGUCCCUUCCGGUAAUUUUUGUUUCGGCAACAACCCGGCUUCAACUUCAAGACCCGCAGCGGCGACGAGUCCCCCUUCCAAUCAAUAUGCUGGUUUUGGCAGUAGCGGUGGUGGCUUUGGAUUUGGGUGUGGCUUUCAGGCGAGUAAAAUAUCGGCUAAUAAUAUGGGCGGGUUCGUAGCGGGUUUCGGAGGUACUAAUUGGAAUUCGGUAUCGACAGGAAGCUCUGUGCCGGCUCCUUCCGGCUCUGUGGUGACCGCUUUCGGCGGCUCUUCGACGACCUGUUUUAACGGCUCCACGCCAGCCGGCUUCGGCUCUUUUCCUGGUAAAGCUCAGCCAUUUGGAUUCGGCUCGCAAGCCCCUUGUGGGCUGAAAAAAGCGCAGCCUUCGACAACAUUUUCAAAAAUACCGGGAUUAGGCUUUGGAUUCGGGUCGUCAAUGUCACAGACGAGUGGAUUUGGAGCGCCAAGCCCUAAGCCUGGUCCUUGAAAAAUAGCUCUCCCACACGUCGAUCAGAAGAAGACACAAAAAUAAUGAUUUUGAAACAAUUGCUUUUUGUUGUAUGUUUACAUUCGAUUUUGAAAACGCGCGCAUGGUCUUCCUUAUUUUUUUGUGUGGCGCGCCCCCACACGCGAGAAAUUCACCUGGCAUGUUAACACUUUCGCAACGAC